AUGCGGGCCACAAGGGCGUCGGGAGAGCAGGGUCCCGCCCGAGCAGCACAGGGUCGCUCUGCUGCUAAACUUUCCACUUUCCCUCUCCUUAAGACUUCCCCUCUCCCAACUGUUCCCCCUCCUCCCUACACUUUGCACCUCUCAUUCGUUCCACACGGUGACACUGUCCCACCACUCCUCCCCUCCCCUCCCCUCCACUCCACUCCCCUCCACUCCACUCCCCUCCCCUCCCCUCCUCUCCCCACACUUAUCUCCACACACAUCCCACUCCUCUACCCUCCCACAAACCCUCUCAACCCCCUCCCUCCCGUCCCCACACCCAGUUCCCCUCCCCACCUGCCCCCUCCCCAACUGCCCCCUCCCCAACUGCCCCCUCCCCAACUGCCCCCUCCCCAACUGCCCCCUCCGCAACUGCCCCCUCCCCACCUGCCCCCUCCCAACCUGCCCCCUCCCCACCUGCCCCCUCCUAAACUGUCCCCUCCCCACCUGCCCCCUCCCCACCUGCCCCCUCCUAAACUGCCCCCUCCCCACCUGCCCCCUCCCCACCUGCCCCCUCCUAAACUGCCCCCUCCCCAACUGCCCCCUCCCCAACUGCCCCCUCCUAAACUGCCCCCUCCGCAACUGCCCCCUCCCCACCUGCCCCCUCCUAAACUGCCCCCUCCCCAACUGCCCCCUCCCCAACUGCCCCCUCCCCAACUGCCCCCUCCUAAACUGCCCCCUCCGCAACUGCCCCCUCCCCACCUGCCCCCUCCCCACCUGCCCCCUCCUAAACUGCCCCCUCCCCAACUGCCCCCUCCCCAACUGCCCCCUCCUAAACUGCCCCCUCCGCAACUGCCCCCUCCCCACCUGCCCCCUCCCCACCUGCCCCCUCCUAAACUGCCCCCUCCCCAACUGCCCCCUCCCCAACUGCCCCCUCCUAAACUGCCCCCUCCGCAACUGCCCCCUCCCCACCUGCCCCCUCCCCACCUGCCCCCUCCUAAACUGCCCCCUCCCCAACUGCCCCCUCCCCAACUGCCCCCUCCUAAACUGCCCCCUCCGCAACUGCCCCCUCCCCACCUGCCCCCUCCCCACCUGCCCCCUCCUAAACUGCCCCCUCCCCAACUGCCCCCUCCCCAACUGCCCCCUCCUAAACUGCCCCCUCCGCAACUGUCCCCUCCCCACCUGCCCCCUCCCCACCUGCCCCCUCCUAAACUGCCCCCUCCCCACCUGCCCCCUCCCCACCUGCCCCCUCCUAAACUGCCCCCUCCCCAACUGCCCCCUCCCCAACUGCCCCCUCCUAAACUGCCCCCUCCGCAACUGCCCCCUCCCCAACUGCCCCCUCGCCACUGCCGCCUCGCCCACUCGCCCCUCCAGAGGUCGUUCAGCCCCGCCAGCAGCGCUCUCAGUGGCGCCACCGCCCUCCCCCUCUCGCCCGUUCCCCCUCACACCCAUGUCCCCCCCCCGCCAGCAGCGCUCUCAGUGGCGCCACCGCCCUCCCCCUCUCGCCCGUUCCCCCUCACACCCAUGUCCCCCGUUCCCCUGCCCCCCACCCGCCCCUUGCCCACCUGCUCCUUUCUCCUCCAGCCCCGCCAGCAGCGCUCUGAGCGGCGCCACUGCCGCCACGCCCACCCGCCCCUCCAGAGGUCUUUCAAGUAG